GACCCCUACAGUCACACGCACAUAAUAAAAGAAACCAUUUCCAAAACGUCACAACCCUUUACCCACUACUAUAUAGGUACUACAAAAUUCUCAUCAAAACUCUCUUACCCUUCAUUUUCUUUCUUCUUUUCACACCCUCUUCCAAUUCCUCUUCUCAUGGCUCAGAAGGUUGUGUUAAAGGUGUUAACUAUGACCGAUGAAAAAACAAAGCAAAAAGCGAUAGAAGCAGCUGCAGAUAUUUAUGGAGUUGAUUCAAUAGUUGCAGAUAUAAAAGAGCAGAAAUUAACAGUGACCGGUUCAACGGACACAGUGAAAAUUGUGAAGAAACUGAAGAAAGUUGGAAAAGUAGAUAUUGUAUUUGUUGGACCUGCAAAAGAAGAAAAGAAAGAAGAAAAAAAGGAAGAGAAAAAGGAAGAAAAAAAAGAGGAGAAAAAGGAAGAGAAGAAAAAGGAAGAGAAGAAAGAGGAAAAGAAAGAUGAGAAGAAAUAAUUAUUAUCAUGUUUUUUUUAAUUAUUAAACUUUUCAUUUUCUUCUAAUUUUUUGUUUAGCAUAUUUUUCUAUAUUGAGAAGGACGUGUAAGCUGAAAAAAUUGUUUAUAAUUUUUUUUUUAAUUUGUGUAAUAUCUUUUCGAAUUCGGUGUUGAAGAUCUUUUUAAUUAAGCAUUGAAUAAUCUUCAAUUACUAGGA